AUGGCUGACGGUUGGGAAGCUCAGCCUGAGACCGGCACUGAAGCCCAAACAGCAGCCGAACCACUCCAGUCACUGCUGCCAUGCGAUGCAUGCAGGAAACGCAAGGUGAGGUGCAGCAAAGAAGAGCCUUGCGACCGAUGUGUCGCGGCUGGGCUGUGGUGCACAAGAGACAUUGUGCGAAAGAAGAGGGGCCCAAAGAAGGGUUCAGGCUCCGUGAUUGCAAAGCUGCGAGAUGAGAGCCAGGCAUCGUCACCGCAAGAUCAGACCCUACCUCCAUUCGACCUAUCUCCCUUGCAGCUGCAGAUGCCUGCCUUGACCCGGACAGGGACCAACGACGUCCCAUUGGAAUCGCCACUGACCUCUCCAACCACUUCCCCCUUCGGCGAGACAUAUGGACCGACGAUAGAUCCUUUGAACGUCCCACGCUCUGUUCCUGUGAUUCAAAAUGGCACCGGUUUGGAUCCUACCUCGCAUACAGCAUUUGCACAAGCAGGGAUCCAAUUUCGCGCCUCGUGGCAGAUGCAGCCUUCCGAGCUUUUGCAGUUCCAAGCGCCUUUGUCGCCGAAUGGAUACAUGUCAAUAAGUGAUCUCGCGCAUGAAAUAUUCCAAGAGCCGCAUUCUUCAAUUCCACAGGACCCCCCUGCUAGGUCCAUCAUCCAGACGCCUUCAAGGACCUCCACUCCACUCACCAAACCCACAUCGUUGGACGCAUUAUUGACCGGUAUUCCCAGCGGCGGCGUUUCUCCAUCUCCAACCACGGCCAGCUCGCCAAACCCGCUAUAUGGACCUAAAUACCUGUAUCGGAGUGAUUCUGGGGAUUUCCAGAAUCCGUAUCAGGCACAGAUACAAGCCCUCGCUGCCGAGUUCGAGUUGUCGGCAUAUUUGAUGACACAAUGCAUUCGCCAAUACUUCCGACAUCUCUAUCCGAUACGUCCGACGAUCCACGAAGGUUCAUUGCUUCUCCGACUUAAUCGACAUGACGAACUAUCUAAUGAAGAGAAGAUUCUCAUCCUGUCGAUCUGUGCCAAUACAGUUCUUCAUGCAGCCCCGCAAUCUGACCUCUCCUUGGACAAGAAGAUGCAACUAGGGAAGCAGUUCGUGGAACUAUGCCUCUUUUUACGUCGGCAGUAUGACUGGGCCGAAACAGCCACCCUCUUGUCGAUACAAGCUAGCUACCAUAUCUCUGUUGCGCUUUUUGAGCUCAAGAGACCCCGGGCUCAUCAUUUCUACCUGCGAGAGGCCAUCUCUAUGUCUAUUGAGCAGGGUCUCCAUCUUGAAUCUACCUAUGUUGGCAUGGACCAGGUCCAAGCAAUCUGCUCUCGGCGCACUUUUGCGCUCUUGUUUAUUACGGAACGAGGCUUGGCCAUUCUCCGCAACAAACCAGCCCAAAUGUGCCGCUUGCCCCCGCUCUCCACGGAAUACUUCGACGACCAGGAUGGAGUCAUCCUCGCUGGCUUUGCUGCUCUAGUCAAUUUAUUCUCUGUGCUGGACGAGAAAUUCGUCCGUCUCUGGAGCUCAACAUCACUCGACUCUGAGUCUUCCGGGUUCGAACCUUAUGAGAACAUAGCGGCGAUUCAACACUCACUAAACGAGAUGUCCUUUGAGAACUUCCACAUGACGGACAUACAAAAAGCAGACGUGCUUAUCACACAUCAAUGGUUGCGUCUAAUCUUUUGGCAGGCCUCUAUGCGUCAGGGUCUAAUCAGCUACAGUGCGCCUGAUCCCAUAUUUUCCUCCACCUAUCCUAUCACCAUCGCAAAGAGCCUGCAUGCCAUGAUUGCGGAUAUUAGCCACAGUGCAAUCCUCGUUCACGGCCUCGGGAUAUUCGAGAAGCUCUUUGAAGUUGCAUAUACGCUGAUGGAUGCCUUGACUAUUGCCAACGCAAAUUGGUCUGAGAGCCAGGAGCUACGUUACCUUUUCGAUGUUCUGAAUGCGAGUCCGAACAGUCAAAGCAUCUAUGUCAAGAUGCUGAGAACAAAGAUCGAGACAGAACGGAGCCCGGCAGCCAGUCCUCCACAUCAGAGAUCAGGCGUGUUGUAG